CAGUUGGCGCAGCCGGCUUUGGUGAAUACACGAUUUAGUGCAGCCGGGGUUUGGUACCGAGCGGAGAGGAGAUGCACACGGCACUCGAGUGUGAGGAAAAAUAGAAAUGAAGGUACAUAUGCACACAAAAUUUUGCCUCAUUUGUUUGCUUACAUUUAUUUUCCAUCAUUGCAACCAUUGCCAUGAAGAACAUGACCAUGGUUCUGAAGAGCAUCACAGACACCAUCGUGGAAUGACAGAAUCGGAGUCAAGCAAAUUUUCAGUGCUGGAUGCUGAAAAUGAAAAAAAAUAUUAUAUUGAAAAACUUUUUGAUCGUUAUGGUGAAAAUGGAAGAUUAUCCUUUUUUGGUCUGGAGAAACUUUUAACAAACUUGGGCCUUGGAGAGAUAAAAGUAGUUGAGAUUAAUCAUGAGGAUCUUGGCCACGAUCAUGUUUCUCACUUAGAUAUUUUGGCAGUUCAAGAGGGAAAGCAUUUUCACUCACAUAACCACCAGCAUUCCCAUAAUCAUUUAAAUUCAGAAAAUCAAACUGUGACCAGUGUAUCAACAAAAAGAAGCCAUAAGUGUGAUCCAGAGAAAGAGACAAUUGAAGUAUCUGUCAAAUCUGAUGAUAAACAUAUGCAUGACCAUAAUCAUCGCUUGUGUCAUCACCAUUGUUUGCGUCAUCACCUUGAUCACAACACUACUCGCCAUUUUCCUAAUGAUUCCAUUAUUCACAGUGAGCAUGGGGAGCCUAGCCAUGAACCUUCUACAGAGACCAAUAAAACACAGGAACAAUCUGAAAGUAAGCUACUGAAAGGAAAGAAGAAGAGAAAAGGGAAGAAAAGUAAUGAAAAUUCUGAGGUUAUUACACCAGGUUUUCCCCCUAACCAUGAUCAGGGUGAACAGUAUGAGCAUAAUCGGGUCCACAAACCUGAUCGUGUACAUAACCCAGGUCAUUUUCAUGUACGUCUUCCAGAACAUAAUGGUCAUGAUCCUGGUCACGGACACCAAGAUCUUGAUCCUGAUAGUGAAGGUGAACUUCGACAUACUAGAAAGCGAGAAGCACCGCAUGUUAAAAAAAGUGCAAUUUAUUCAGCUGCUAGUCACAAAGAUCAUAAUGAAGAUGACCGGCAACAUGAGUGUUUGAACGUCACUCAGUUGUUAAAAUACUAUGGUCAUCGGGCCAAUUCUCCAAUCUCACCUGAUCUAUUUACGUACCUUUGCCCUGCUUUGUUAUAUCAAAUCGACAGCAGACUUUGUAUUGAGCAUUUCGACAAACUUUUAGUUGAAGAUUUAAAUAAAGAUAAAAAUCUGGUUCCUGAAGAUAAGGCAAAUAUAGGGGCAUCAGCGUGGAUUUGUGGUAUCAUUUCUAUCACUGUUAUUAGCCUGCUUUCCUUGCUAGGAGUGAUCUUGGUUCCCAUCAUUAACCAAGGAUGCUUCAAAUUUCUUCUCACAUUCCUUGUUGCACUAGCUGUAGGAACAAUGAGUGGAGAUGCCCUUCUUCAUCUACUGCCCCAUUCUCAGGGUGGACAUGAUCACAGUCAUCAACAUGCACAUGGGCAUGGACAUUCUCAUGGACACGAAUCUAAGAAGUUUCUAGAGGAAUAUGACGCUGUAUUGAAAGGACUUGUUGCUCUAGGAGGCAUUUACUUACUGUUUAUCAUUGAACAUUGCAUUAGAAUGUUUAAGCACUACAAACAGCAAAGGGGGAAACAGAAAUGGUUUAUGAAGCAAAACACAGAAGAAUCAGCUAUUGGAAGGAAGCUUUCAGAUCAUAAGUUAAAUAAUACACCAGAUGCCGACUGGCUUCAGCUCAAGCCUCUUGCCGGAACUGAUGACUCGGUUGUUUCUGAAGAUCGACUUAAUGAAACUGAACUGACAGAUUUAGAAGGCCAACAAGAAUCCCCUCCUAAAAAUUAUCUGUGUGUAGAAGAGGAGAAAAUCAUGGCCCAUUCUCACAGUGACGGAUUACAUGCCAUUCAUGAGCAUGAUCUCCAUGCUGCUGCACAUAACCACCGUGACGAGAGUAAAACUGUGCUGAGGAAGCAUAAUCAUCAGUGGCACCACAAACAUUCUCAUCACUCACACGGUCCCUGUCAUUCCGGAUCAGAUCUGAAAGAAACAGGAAUAGCUAAUAUCGCCUGGAUGGUGAUCAUGGGGGAUGGCAUCCACAACUUCAGUGAUGGGUUAGCAAUUGGAGCAGCUUUCAGUGCUGGAUUGACGGGCGGAAUCAGUACUUCUAUAGCUGUCUUCUGUCAUGAACUGCCACAUGAAUUAGGUGAUUUUGCAGUUCUUCUUAAAGCAGGCAUGACUGUAAAGCAGGCAAUUGUAUACAACCUCCUCUCUGCCAUGAUGGCUUACAUAGGCAUGCUCAUAGGCACAGCUGUUGGUCAGUAUGCCAAUAACAUCACACUUUGGAUCUUUGCCAUCACUGCAGGCAUGUUCCUCUACGUAGCCUUGGUGGAUAUGCUUCCAGAAAUGUUGCAUGGUGAUGGUGACAAUGAAGAACAUGGCUUCUGUCCAGUGGGGCAAUUCAUUCUUCAGAAUUUAGGAUUGCUGUUUGGAUUUGCCAUCAUGCUGGUAAUUGCCCUCUAUGAAGACAAAAUUGUGUUUGACCUCCAGUUUUGACCAUUCCCAGCAAUCACUGCUGAUGACAAGAAUGUUACCAUGCAGCUUUGCAUCUGUUCCUCGUACUGUAAGCACAUUGCUCAAGGAGAAGUCAGUGGCUUGCACUGCUUAGAAGUUCAUAGAUUUGAGCCUGACCACAAAGACCGGUGCUCAGUACUGUUUUCCCUGCAUGAAGGGGUCUUUUAGAAAUAUAAAGCUUGUGAUGAAGAAAGGAGAAAACGGGACUCCGUGAACCAAUGUUGAUAUAGGUUUGAUUAAGACUUUUUAAAAAAAUAAUCAUAUAAAACACUAAAGUAGUCUCUUUAUUAGUAGAAACUUCUGUGGCUAUGCAGAAAUAGAAAUUGAACCAAAAAAAAAUCACUUAAACUUUAAAAGUAUUUUAAAUGGACUUUGGGCAGACUUUUCUUUGUGCUAAAAAAUGAAUUGUAGUGUCCUUUAAUUCAGCCCCAUAUACACAUGUGGUAAUAGGGAUCAACUUGACACAGCUUUGAAUCUGCAGAAAGUAGACUAUAGCACCUAGAAGAAAGCUCAGGCUGCAUUAGAAUAUGGAUUUAGCAUUGGGAAAAGCCCUUAUUCUUGAAUCUAGAGUUACUAUUUUUGUAUAUAUUUGCAUAGGAUCUAAACUUGCAGCCUAAACUACUGAAAUUUGUGAUUGUACAUUUGUGUGAGCUUCAGUUUAAUGAAAGA